AUGGCUCUUUUGAAAGCAUUUCAAAAACAAUCGGAAAAGAAGCCAUGUCCUAUAUGUGGUUAUCUGGUUACACGAGGAUUGUAUCGAUCACAUUUAAAUCAUUGCAAAUUGCAACCUGAUGAUGAUGAUUGCACAAUCAUCGCUGAAGUGUGUGCUAAGGAUAGGAAACGAGAAGCUGUUGAGAGUUUAAUUAGUUCAGAGAGCAGUAAUGAUUUGUUCGAUAAUUUGGAUAAUGAAGAGAUAUCAGAAGAAUCAGUUGAUAAUAGGAAUGAUUCGAAUAUUGUCAACAAUAAAGAAAUUUCAACUGAUACAAACGAACACAAUCAAAUGGCUGAAAUUGUUAUGAAAGAAGAUAUGCCAUGCAGAACAUUUAACAGUUUUGCUAGAAAACGCACGAAAAAAAUUAAGCUUGAAAAUAAAAGUGAAAUGGCACAGCCAAGCAAGACGAUGGCUUCAGCAGCAUUGAACGAGUAUUCUGAAUAUGAAAAAGUAGAAAACAACCAGAAUAAAACAAAGGAGUUUUUUCACUGUAAAGCGACAACCAGCAAUGAAAUCAAAUUGGAAAUUCAAAUGGAAACAGGACAAAAUUUGCUUGAUACUCUAGAAAAUAUUAAAUCUUACCUUAAUGUUUGUAAUUGCGAUCUUGUGAAGAAUACUCAGAUCCUAACAUAUGACAAAGAUGCUACGAUUGAAGGUGCACAAGUUGCUUCACCAUAUUAUCUUACUUUAUUCUACAAAAUAUUGAAACGGGUUUUGUGUAGUGGAAGACAAUAUGGUGAAGCACAGUUUUGGGGUGAACGUUUGCAUUUGCUAGAGAAAUUUAUCGCACUAUCAGAUGAAAGUAAGCAGUUGUUAAUUCGAUUGUUUCUUCGCAAAAGAAAAUGGUUAAUAUCAGAUAAACUUUCAUACGCCAAUAUCUCUUCAUCUUUGAAUCCAUUAUUCAAUGAAUUAUUGCAAGCUGAACUUGUUGAUUCAAGUCACUCAUCACUACUUGAAAUUGAAGAAGCCGUACAUCUCUUACAUGCUUCAUCGUUAAAAUCUGUUGCGAAGCACUUCAAAUUAGAUUUCAACAAAGGCAAAAUUGAAAUUUGUCGUUCACUUUUAAAAUUUGCUACGCAAAAAAAUGUUUUCGGAAUUACUAUGGAGAAACGAGUGCUGAAUAAAGUGAAAGAGGAACUUGGCCCAUGUUUUCGCAUACGCUAUGAAAUUGUGGAUAUUUUUUCUGCGAUUUUUACAAUUUAUUCACCAAUGGAUAUGAAUUCCGCGUUACUUUUCGAUCAGCCUUCUAUUAAUUUACCCUCGCAAUUAUUAUUCGUUUUGCUGCAACUUGGUACGGAUAAAAUUCGUUUUCCUGCUCCUUAUAAUUCUUGUUUGAUAAAUAUUUAUACGGACGCUGAGAAACUUUUCAGGUAUAUUAAAGCAAAAGAAUUGGAAGCUGAAAUAGCUGAUCUGAUGCAGCGUGGAAAGUGGACUGAAAUUAUUGAUUGCGCUAAGAAAGCUCGCAUCAAAUUUCAGGAUGCCUAUACUGUACAACAGCAAUUCUAUGAAUCUUUAAUUGAUAGUCUUCGGAGAUUCACCGAUCUUCAUGUAUAUGCAAGGUGUAUAUCACAUGGUGUUGAUGCACUAGAAAAGGUCAGAGAUUAUGCUGAAGCUGUUGUAUGGUUGGAAUAUAUGUUGAAUGCUAUAGAAUUUAAACUUAUUCUUGCUAAUGCUCGAGGUGGAUGGUGGGAUCGAUUAGCACUAAAUUUAGAUGCACAUCUGAAAGAUAAGGAUGGUGCAAUGAAAGCUGUUAUUGCUGCUCUGAAAGAUCCUGUUUUAGGUGACAAAGAUCGUUUGUCUCUCCAAGACAGAGGUCGUAAACUUUGUUCAGGAUGGAAAGGACCUUUGGAAGAGGAAGAUCUUGAAAGAAUUAAUAUAAAAGGCUCUGUAGUGGGUAAAAAUCUUGGCGAAUCACGAAUUAACAGAUUUCUUAUUAAUAAAAAUGGAGUAUCUUAUGAAUGCAGCGUUGAAGAGGUGGCACUGGAUCAUUAUUUAAGAAAAAAAGGUUUCAAAGAAGGAGUACAUGCAGAAGGUGCAGUUUGGCAUACCAUAUUUGGACUUUUAUUUUACGACGUUAUUUUUGAUUCAGCUGUUGAAAAUGUAUGGUUUAGCGGAACACAGAUGAAUCCGGCGGACUUGAAUAGCCGAACUUUCUACGUCAAUCGACAAGAUCUUUUCGAAUUACGCUUUAAAGAGAUUGAAGAAGGAGAUUUUGAUGAUUUAUUACUGGAAAUGGAGAGAACAUACAAUAAUAAUUAUGGAAUAACCAAUUCAGAGAUCACAUGGAAUUGUUUUACUGAUUUUGAACAAAUUAAACGUUUUAUGAUCUGUUGUCCAAUAGCUGUCCUUUGCGCAAUUAUUCGUCGUCUCAUUACCGAUUAUCGAAAUUGUCGAAGUGGAUUUCCCGAUUUAACUAUUUGGAAUGAUGAAAAGAAACUUCUAGCUGUUGUAGAAGUUAAAGGUCCUGGUGAUAAAUUAUCGACCAAACAGCGUUUAUGGUUGAGUUUUUUUAAAAAUCAAAAUAUAAUAGCUCAUGUUUGCCACGUUUCUGCUCGGAAUCCAAGAAAGCUUGACUGA